AUGGCGGACAAGCCCAUCCUCUUCUCGGAGCACGUCCAGCUCACCAACUUGGGCAUCGCGGCCGAGUCCAUCUCCUUUGCCAAUGUCACGCUAGAGUCGGAGAACUUUGUCUGUGUGCGGGAAAGCAUCAAUGGACAAAACUCGGUGGCCAUUGUCAACUUGAACGAUAUCAGCAAUGUCAUGCGCCGGCCUAUCACGGCCGACUCGGCCAUCAUGAACCCAGUGCAGAAGAUUAUCGCGCUCAAGUCGGGGCGUCAGCUCCAGCUCUUCAACAUCGAGGCCAAGGCCAAGGUCAAGUCGCACGUCAUGAACGAGGAUGUCACCUUCUGGAAGUGGAUCUCAAACACUUCCCUCGGCGUCGUAACCGAAGGCUCCGUUUACCACUGGAGCAUGGAAGGCGAAGGAGUGCCGACUAAAGUGUUCGACAGGCAUGCCAGUCUCGCUGGAUCGCAGAUCAUCAACUACCGCGUGAGCCCAGACGAAAAGUGGAUGGUGCUCAUCGGUAUCUCAGGUAACACGACACCGGGAGCAUUCCGCGUCAAGGGAGCGAUGCAGCUAUACAGUAAGGACCGGGCCGUCUCCCAGCCGAUCGAGGGCCACGCUGCUGCCUUUGCAGACAUCAAGACGGAUGAUUCGCCCAACCCGUUCAAGCUGUUCACGUUUGCCGUCCGCACUGGCACCGGCGCCAAGCUGCACGUCGUCGAGAUCGACCACCAGGCGGGCCAGCCAGCCUUCACCAAAAAGGCUGUCGACGUCUUCUUCCCACCCGAGGCAGCGAACGACUUUCCCGUCGCUAUGCAGGUCAGCAAGCGCUACGGCAUCGUCUACCUCGUCACCAAAUACGGCUUCAUCCACCUUUACGACCUCGAGAGCGGUACAUGCAUCUACAUGAACCGCAUCUCCGGCGAGACCAUCUUCAUCACAGCCGAGCACGAGUCGACGAGCGGCAUCAUCGGUGUCAACAGGAAGGGACAGGUGCUCUCAGUCACUGCGGACGAGAACACGCUGAUCCCGUACAUCCUGACGACGCUCAACAAUACCGAGCUCGCGUUCAAGCUGGCGUCGCGCGGCAACCUGCCUGGUGCGGAUGAUUUGUACCUGCAACAGUUCCACUCGCUCUUCAGCUCUGGCCAGUACAACGAAGCAGCCAAGAUCGCUGCCAACUCACCGCGCGGCAUUCUACGCACGCCGACGACGAUAGAGCAGUUCAAGCAGGUCCCCAACCAGCCUGGCACACUCUCGCCCAUCCUGCAGUACUUUGGCAUCCUCCUUGAGAAGGGCACGCUCAACAAAUUCGAGUCGCUUGAGCUUGCACGUCCCGUGCUUGUGCAGGGCCGCAAGCACCUACUCGAAAAGUGGCUCAAAGAGAACAAGAUCGAGUGCAGCGAGGAGCUCGGCGAUAUUGUCCGUCAGCAUGACAUGAACCUGGCGCUAAGUGUCUAUCUGCGCGCUAACGUGCCCAACAAAGUCGUCGCCUGCUUUGCCGAGACGGGUCAAGUCGACAAGAUCAUUCUCUAUGCCAAAAAGGUCAGCUACACGCCUGACUACGCUGCGUUGUUGCAGCACAUUGUGCGCAUCAACCCGGAGAAAGGCGCCGAGUUCGCUAGCAGCCUUGUGCAGGAUGAGAGCGGGCCCCUGGUCGACAUUGAGCGUGUUGCCGACAUCUUUAUGGGUCAGAACAUGAUCCAGCAGGCCACAUCGUUCUUGCUUGAUGCACUUAAGGACAAUAAGCCCGAGCAGGCGCACUUGCAGACGCGUCUGCUCGAAAUGAACCUCGUCAAUGCACCCCAGGUCGCCGAUGCCAUCCUUGGAAACCAGAUGUUCACGCACUAUGACCGCCCGCGGAUUGCCAACCUUUGCGAGAAGGCGGGUCUGCUGCAGCGCGCGCUGGAACACUAUGAGGACAUUGCCGACAUCAAACGCGCUGUCGUGCACUCCAACCUGCUCAACGUUGAGUGGCUCGUCGAGUACUUUGGCCGUCUGACGGUCGAACAGAGCUUAGAUUGUCUCAAGGAGAUGCUCAAAGUCAACAUCCGCCAGAACCUCUCCGUCGUUGUGCAGAUCGCCACUAAGUACUCCGACCUGCUCGGACCCGUUCAGCUCAUCGAGAUGUUUGAGAACUUUAAGUCUUUCGAGGGUCUGUACUACUACCUUGGCUCCGUCGUCAAUUUGUCGACCGACCCCGAGGUGCAUUUCAAGUACAUUCAGGCUGCGACGCGCACCGGCCAGAUCCGCGAGGUGGAGCGAAUCUGCCGCGAGUCGAAUUACUACAACCCGGAGAAGGUCAAGAACUUCCUCAAGGAGGCCAAGCUGCAGGACCAGCUGCCGCUCAUCAUCGUCUGCGACCGCUUCGACUUUGUCCACGAUCUUGUGCUCUACCUCUACCAGAACAUGCUGAUCAACUUCAUCGAGGUAUAUGUUCAGCGCGUCAACUCGAGCCGCACGCCGCAGGUCAUCGGCGGCCUACUCGACGUUGACUGUGACGAAGGAGUCAUUAAGAACAUCCUAGGCUCCGUCACCGGCCCCAUCCCGGUCGACGAGCUGGUCGAGGAGGUGGAGAAACGCAACCGCCUUAAGCUGAUCCUCCCAUGGAUCCAGUCCAAGAUCGACGCCGGCCAGACGGACCAAGGUCUGUACAACGCCAUGGCCAAGGUCUACAUUGACAACAAUAAUAACCCGGAACAGUUCCUCAAGGAAAACACGCUCUACGAUCCCAAGGUUGUUGGAAAGUACUGCGAGAAGCGCGACCCUUACCUGGCUUACAUUGCCUACGCCAAGGGGUUCUGCGACGAGGAGCUCAUAAAGAUCACCGACGACAACGCAAUGUUCAAGCACCAGGCACGCUACCUCGUUCUGCGUCGCCAGCUCGCCCUUUGGGACCAAGUCCUCAGCUCGGAGAAUGUCAACCGCAGGCAGCUCGUUGACCAGGUCGUCUCCACCGCUGUGCCCGAGUCGACCAACCCGGAAGAUGUCUCUGUCACUGUCAAGGCAUUCAUGGCUGCCGAUCUGCCACAUGAGCUCAUCGAGCUCCUUGAGAAGAUCAUUCUGGAGCCAUCGGCGUUCAGUGACAACCGCAGUCUGCAGAACUUGCUCCUGCUCACCGCCGUAAGGACCGACAAGGGCAAGGUCAUGAACCUGAUCGACCGCCUCAACGGUUACGACGUCGAUGAGAUUGCCAAGAUUGCCAUCGACCACGGGCUUUAUGAGGAGGCGUACAAGAUCUUCCAGAAGGCGGACCGCCAGCUGGACGCCAUGAAUGUGCUGGUUGAACACAUCGUCUCGAUCGAUCGCGCGUUCCAGCACGCCAACAAGCUUGACAAGCCCGAGCUGUGGAGCCGCCUCGGUAAAGCCCAGUUGGAUGGUCUGCGUAUUAAGGAUGCCAUCGAUUCGUACGUCAAGGCGGAGGACCCUUCCAACUUCACCGAGGUCAUCGAGAUCGCAGAGCAUGCCGGUCGGGAAGAGGAGCUGAUCCGCUACCUCCAAAUGGCCCGCAAGAAGGCCAGGGAACCGCUGAUCGACACUGAGUACGCAUAUUGCUUGGCUAAGGCGAACCGCCUGUCGGACAUGGAGGAAUUCCUCAGCAUGACCAACGUCGCGGAUGUGCUUAGCGUUGGUGAAAAGUGCUUCAACGACGAGCUUUACGAGGCCUCCAAGAUCCUCUUCUCGAGUGUCUCAAACUAUGCACGUCUCGCCACGACCUUAGUCUUCCUUGGGGACUACCAGGGAGCCGUGGAGGCCGCUCGUAAGGCUGGCAACACGAGCGUCUGGAAACAGGUACAUGCUGCGUGCUUGAAGAAGGGAGAGUUCAAGUUGGCCCAGAUCGCCGGUCUGGCUGUUGUCGGCAGUGCAGAGGAGCUCCCAGCUCUCACGCGCGCCUACGAGCGCUUAGGCUACUUUGACGAGCUGCUCGAGCUGCUCCUGGCUGGCUUGGGUCUCGAGCGUGCAUCCAAGGCGCUAUUCACGCUCUGCGCCCAGUCGCUCGCCAAGUACAGGCCGACAAAGUUGAUGGAACAUCUCAAGAUGCACUGGUCGAGGACGAACCUGCCGCCCGUUGCGCGUAUGUGCGAGCAGUACGCUCUCUGGCCCGAAGCGGCAUACUGCCUGAUGAAGGAUUCCGAGCACGACGAGUGCGCCAUGAUGGCCAUGGACAGAACCGUCGUCUGGGAAGACUUGGGACACGACUCCUUCAAGGGUCUUGUCGGUAAGGUGUCCAAUGUUGAAAUCUUCUACCGGGCGAUUAACUUUUAUCUGCAACAACAUCCCCUACAGCUUAAUGACCUCCUUGUCUCUCUAUCUGGCACCAACCGUCUGGAUCAUGGCCGUGUCGUCCGGAUGCUACGAAAGUCAGACGCAUUCCCGCUCGCAUCUGGGUUCUUGCUCAGCAGCCUCAAGCUCGACGCGACCGAGGUCAACGAGGCAGUGUUCGACUUGCUGGUCGAGGAGGAGGACCACGCGCAGCUUCGUAGCUUGAUCGGGACGGUAAAUUCCUUUGGCGUUCUGGAGCUGGCACGAAGAUUGGAGAACAGCGAGCUGCUCGAGUUCCGCCGGAUCGCUGUCGUGCUGUACAACAAGCAGAAGCUGUGGUCGGAUAGUAUCGCGCUGAGCCAGCGGGAUCGAUUGAUCAAGGAUGCAAUCGCCACUGCAGCCGAGUCGAACAGCAAGGAGGUGGCCAAAUCGCUGUUCGAGUACGUUGUCUCUCUGGGAAAUUGGGAGGCGACAGCUGCGAUGCUGCUCGCAGCCGACUGGUUGCUGGACGAGGAUUACGUGAUGGAGUUGCGCUGGCGAAAAGGCAUCCCCAGCGAUUUCGUCCAGCCGUAUCUGAUCCAGAAGGCGGCGCAGCGCAACUCGCGGCUGGUGCAACUUGAGCAGCAGCUCAAGGAACUGGCGACGCGCACCCAGACCAAGCAGGAGGAAGAGGAUUCGGCACCGAUACUGGGACCAGGUGGCCUUGGUGGGCCGAGAUUGAUCACAGCAGCGCCGCAGUGAGUCUAGAAAAAAAAAGAUCAUCAUGGACGCACUGACAAUCGUUACUGGUUUCUUUUUGCUUUCGCGCUUUGCCGUUGCUAGAAUGAUGGGGCAACCAACGGGUAUGCAGAUGCCACAGGCUACUGGGAUGAACGGGUACCAAGCAGGAUUCGGGUAUUAAGUGGUGGCCUCUCCCAUCAUCGCUGUAUAUGACAAGUAUGAAGCAAUCAUAACAGGUUUAGAUCAUCCCGGACAAGGCACUUUCGUUGGAUUAGACAUUCAAUGAUAUAGCGAUGUUCGAUUUGCAGUGCAGGGUAAGAC